AUGUCGUACAGGGAUUUCAAGAACAACAAAGAUGUCCUUCAAUUCGAGGAUACUUAUGAAGGGCUCGAUGAAGAGGAUGAUGCUUUAAAUGAUGAAACAUUCGGUGUUGAUGUUCCAGUUGGUCAAGCUUUUGAUUUUGGUAAUCCAAGUGAAUCUCAACCUCAACCUCAACUGAACUUUGCCCAAGCUGCCAGAGCUCCUCCUCAACAAAUUUCAAUCCAAGAGCCACUAGGUGAUGAUCCUUUGAAACCAAUCGAGUCUUUAUGGGGUGGUGCACCACCAGUUGCUCCACAACAACAACAACAACAACAACAACCAAAAGUGUUAUCUCUUGAUGAGCUAGAAUCACAAUUGACUCAAAACCCUGCAUCUUCCCAAGUGAUCUCAUAUUCACCGGUCAAUAGGUCGUUAUUCAUCUUGGUAAGUUCGUCUUCUGAAACUUCAUAA